AUGACGGUACAUCAGUAUGCUGCUAGGUUUACUGAGUUAUCCCGUUUUGCUACUUAUUUGGUUCCCGAUGAGGAAAAGAAGGCACACAAAUUUGAGCAAAGACUGAAUGAGAAACUGUAUGUGCGUGUGGUGGGUUUCCAGAUUCGGAACUUCUCUGAGUUGGUGAAUAAAGCAACAAUUUUUGAAAGAACCCUUCAAAGAAGUGUUGCGUUGCAUGAGCAGAGGAAGAGGACUACUCCUACUGGGUACCAGUCUGGCAUGGACCAGGGACCAUGGAAAAGGAGGAGUGAAGGUAGUAAUUCAGGAAAAAGGCCGGUUCCGAGUAAUCAGCAGCCCUACCAGUGUAGGACAUGCAAUCAAGUGCACUCCGGAGAGUGUAGAAAAGGGGCGGGAUUGUGCUUUCGUUGUGGCAAAUCAGGACACUACAUCAGGGAUUGCCCAAUGCAAAAUAGGAGCAACCAGACGUUCAUACCGCCACCUCAGAGGAAUGAAGUAUCAGCCCGGGGCAGCAAUCAACGUCCUACUGCGCCUGCUCGAGUUUUUGCACUGACACCUGGAGAGGUUGAGGGUAGGAAUGACGUGAUCACUGAUGCUGAAAGGUUGAGGAACAAGUUAGUGGUUGCGACCCCAACAGGGAAUUCUGUAGUCUGUAGUGAGAUGUUACCUGGAUGCCCUCUUUCUAUAGAGGGAAGACUGAUGCCAGCAGAUUUAAUAGUUUUCCACAUGGUUGGGUUUGAUGUGAUUUUGGGUAUGGAUUGGCUGGCUUCCUACCACGCCAGUAUUGAUUGUGCUAAAAAGGAAGUGGUGUUCAGGCCCCCUAAUGAAGAAAUGGAGAAGAAGACAGACACCUCGUCAACUGUAGACCAGCUGCUGGUCAGCUCCAACCUCCCAUACAGUGAAGAAAUCUUGGCUAUGCCCUUUCCUCCCAAGUUCAAAGUUCCUCAGAUGGAAGCAUAUGAUGGGUCCAAAGACCCGCUGGAGCACCUGGAUACUUUCAAGGCCCACAAGACCUUACACGGCUUCCUGGGAGAGGUCGCCUAUCGGGCCUUCCCCGCUAACUCUGAAAGGAGCAGCCCAAAGCUGGUUUGGGGGCUUGUCAUCAGGAACGAUAGAAAGCUUCGUGGAGCUCGUCUCUCCAUGAUGCAAUUCCUGGCUAGCUAUAAGAGGAGACUCCCUGCGGCUUACCUGCAAACGGUCAAGUAG